AUGGCAAUCAAAGAUCGAUUAUUGAUGCAGCGCCUGUUGGCGACUACCCAGCCUACGCCAUUUGUGUACGUCUUGUGUAGCUCGUCAACAACAAUAGCCCAAGUGCACCAACUCAGCAACGCCCAGACACAACCCACGCAUACGUGUCGCGUCAUUCUCCGGGGAACUCCUGGUUCUGCGGGGGACCCAAUUUCCUUGGACGAAUUCAGUCUUAACUGCUGGACAGGUGACCAGGCGGGUCCUAACACCACACAGCACACACCACACAGCAGCACGGAUACACCCGUGAGGGUUCAACUUGGCAAGGAGUUGCUCGAGUUUCUGGGCCAGAAAACAUCUGACCUGCUGGGCGUCAGCAGCGACUGGAGUGCACGUCCCCUUACACCCGUCUCAAGGGAUGGUAGCCCUGCUGAUGAUGGCUAUGAGCUGUCACGCUCUGAGGACUGGGGCCUCGACAUCAUCAAUGUGCCUCACCUAAAGCUCGUGGAUAGUGUGAUAUCAGGCGUUCCAUUAUCCGAUGUCGCCCCCCUGUUGCAAUGCCUGAACUGCAGCCGUCUGACAGCACAGAAUGUGACCAUAAAAGCACUGCAACGUCCGUCCAAUAAAGCACCAUUUGGUGCGGUCCGUAUCACUGGGCUGCAAGACGCCAUUCUUGAGGGUAUUGAGUGCUCUAAUAUUCGAGAUGCAAUGGGUUGGGCUUGUAUUUUAAUACAGGCGCAGGCCAAGUCCUCUAUCAUUGUACGGGACAGCUCAUUCUUAAGUAACUCCGUCAAGAGGUACUACCUCCAUGACUUCCUACGCUCAUCAGACAGCGGACUGCCCCCAUUUCCAGAGCUACAAUAUUCUUCACCGCCUACAGCAGGCGCCAACCUGAGCAGCACCAGCAUGUCAGCAGUGCCAGUGCUAAGGCACGCACUCAUCUGCAAGACUGAUGGUGGCUAUGCCCUUCACGAUGACGACGAUCCUCAAAUUGAUGGCUAUGGAUCGGUCCUUAUCGUCUAUGACAGGGAUGACAAUUUGUGUGGCACACAGCAUCCCCUGGAUGAUGCUAUGAAUGCCACGGUCUUGGUGGAGCGGACCACCAUUAGCCACAACAUGGGAGCAUGCGGUGCGGGCAUUGCUGUGCAGAGCCCGUCCUUUCCUCAGAUGGUUGGAUGUCUCAGUAAUCGCCACGUGCAGCUCACGUUUGUGAGCAGCAUCAUAAUGUACAACGAAGCUGAUCAGCUUGACGGGGGGGGUGGAGGUGGCCUUUACUUUCGUGACAGCUGGGGUGGAACAGUUCACCUGACCAUUAGGAAUGAGUCAAUCCUGUCAUCCAAUCGUGCUUGUUGUGGUGUGGGGGGCGCAGCAGCACUUCAGAGCGACAGCAUCGGGGAUGUAAUGUUUGUCAACACACAGGUGUCCAACAACACAGGGGACAGAGGUGGCGGCUUGUAUCUAGGCGAGUUUGUCAAUCUCUCUGGUCUUCUUGUCUACAAUAGCACCUUCUCCAAUAACCAUGCACUCUACUUAGGAGGGGCCAUUUAUGUCGAACCCAAAGAGGCUUCCAACGGAGUCAUUAAAGACAUUCGGUUUGACGGUGGCAGCAUAUUGCAUGGUAACAGUGCAUAUGAACAAGGUGGAGCCAUCUAUGUCCGGUUCCGUGGUAACACUGCAACACCCGAACUCACAAGGUUGGUCGUGGAUGGGGCCAGCCAGAUGUCUGAGAAUCAAGCCAAGAAUGGAGGAGCCAUAUGUAUACAAGGCUACAAUGCUGCUGUCACCGUUAACGAGGUGUUGGUCACCGGUGGCAGCGAGCUUGCUGGCAACCUUGCUAACAAUGGGGAUGGUGGCGCCAUUUACUUGAGCUUUCAAGGGGAGCUGUCCAACUUCACCAUCAUGGGUGCCAGCAGGUUUUCACGGAACACGGCUAACUGCACUAAAACCGAUUGCACCUCUUCCAGGGGUGGAGCAAUAUACCUCAGUGCUGGCAAGGUUAAGCAUCCCGUGUUGAUCACAGGUGGUGCAUCUAUCCUGAGUAAUUCAGCUAAGGAUGCGGGUGGAGCUAUAUACAUGGACAACGGGGACCACAGCACGGGGUUAGUGGUUUCUGGCGGAAGUAAUAUAUCGUGCAACAUGGCUGGGCCUACAGGCGGGGCUAUACACAUUUAUACGGCAUCAUCUUGGGCAGGCGCAAGUUACCUAUUGCAGUUUGACGCAGGUGCAGUAGCAUCAUACAACACAGCUCAGACUUCUGGCGGUUUUUUGUACAUGUUCGGGCAUGCUGCUAUGGAAGUAAAUUUGAUUGUAAAUAGCUGCAAUUUUAUUCAGAAUACAGCUGUACAGGGUUCCGGUGGGGCAGUCUACAUGCUACAGAUGCAGUUCCUUAAUGUUGCUAUCGAUGGGGGGAGCACCAUAGCUCUCAAUACUGCCAAACGGCAAGGCGGCGCCUUCAGCCUUGAUGCCUCCAGAAUCGACCUUGAUAUUACGGGUGCAUCCAGUAUUUCCGACAACUUGGCUGUGGGAGAUGGCGGUGGAAUAUAUUUGACUGCAGAGAGCACAGACAUUCACGUUCAUGGAUCCAUGCUAUCUAACAAUAAGGCAACCAGCGGCAAUGGAGGUGCAAUGUCAGCCGAGGGGAACCCCUUCUUCAUCCCACCACAAGGGUUCCAAGCAGCCCAGCUAGGAACUCUGGCGGGGUCAACAUGA